AUGUCUUCAGCAAACGUCACCCAGUUUGUCAACACACUGCGUGAGCAGACACGCCGGUUCAUCGCUGAACUUCCUGAUCGGUCAUUCAAGCUCCCAGAGAUACCACCCAUGAUUACUGAUGACGAAGACCUCGUCGUAGCAAAUCUACGUCUUGUUCUCCGCUACUUGAAGCAGGUCAACAAGUUGUGUAAACGUCAAGCCGCCACUGACUCCUCUAUGAAAGUCUUGCAACAUCGUGCUUUAGUCAAGCAAUUUCAUGACGUGGGUGAUUGGUCUGCAAAGCUUCCACCACCUUUUGAAACACCUGAAGCUGUGAAGGAAGUGCCGAGACAAACCCCUGCAGAGGAGAGAUUGAAACGAUUGAUGAGUAUACCUUGGCCAACCAAGCAUCCAUCUACCCCUACCCCAACUCAGAGUGCCAGUACUAGUUUGCCUCUCCCGGGUGCCGGUGGCUGCAACAAUGAGACGCCUGGCAGUCCAGUCCAUUCCGAAGAAGUUGGCGCAAGUGAGAGAAAGACUGUCGCUCGUGACACUAUCCAGAAUGAACCAGACGCCACCUCCCGAAUUGACAACAACAUGCCGAGUGAAAACUGUGCAAAGGCUGACGCAAGCAUUGAUGCUGGUAUUGCCUUGAAAUUCCAGGGAACUGACAGUGAUAUUGCUAAGGCUGACUCACCACCACCACAACCACCAAGUGAACUUCGGUCGUUUCGCUUCAGACACGCGUCAGACCCGCUCCAGGUGAAGACUUCUGAGAUCGACAACUACGCGCACCAAAAGAAUCGUGCCGUCUCACUUCCAGUCAAAUGCGAGGAUCCGAUGCAGUCUUGCUUCUUGCGCUGGAGUGGCGAGACUCUGGAGGAAUUCAUCCGUGGUGUGGAAGUCGACGAUGCCAAACAUGUCAACAAACAGAGAUGGCUGUUCCUCAUUCAACAACCUGACGCCGUUGCAUUCCUCGGCAGGUGGCCUUCUCCAGCCCAAUUGAAGGAUUUCAUGCAGAUGUAUCGUCUUGAGUGGGUCGUUCGAGUGCGUGGCAAGUGGGAUUGGGAGCCCAAGCCAGUCGCUGUCCAAGAGUCCGUUGAUUGUUAUGCGAACAGCGUUGAAGAGUUUCCCGCCGACCGUGAUGUCGUCAGCAGUGUUGACCAAGCCGCUGUUGACCAGGACGGUGUUGAGAGUAGCAAGGUGGCGGACACUGCUGAGUGCAAUGACGACAACAGUGUCAUCAGCCCUGCCGAACCGAGCCAGGACUCUACCAAGGAUACUUCCAACGACGAGCAACCAGUCCUUGACACCCCGAAGAUCAAUGGGUCACCAUCAGAAGAUGUUGUGACAGACACUACUGCGAACGAUGCUGAUAGCAGUGCCGUUGACCCUGCCACAUCAGUUCAAGAUGCUCCUAAGGACACUCCCAACGACGAACAACCAACUUGUGACGACUCGGAUGUUAACGAGUUGCCAUCAGAAGUUCUGGGUACGGAGGAUCUUACUGAGAACAAUAAGGAGAUCAAUGAGUCACCAUCAGAAGAUAUCGUGGCAGACACCACUGAAAGCGAUGGCGAGGCCAGUGCCUGUGACCACAACACACUGGUUCAGGAUGCUCCUAAGGAUACUCCCGACGAUGAACACUCUGUCCCUGACGAUUUUGAUAUGAACGAGUCCCCACUAGAGGAUCCAGUUGCGGAAGAACCAACUACUGGGAACUGCAACGAGAAUCACGACGAGAACAACGAGAUCAAUGACGGACAACCAGUUCUUGGCAACUCAGAUGUAACUGAGUCUACAUCAGAAGACCUUGUUACAGAGAAGACCCCUGAGAGUAACGAUGAGAUCAACGACGAGAAGAUUGAGAUGAACGAUGAACAACUAGUCCUUGAUAAGUCGGAUACGAUCGAGUCCAUGUCCGAAAAUCUAGCGGCGGAGGAACCUGCUGAGAACAACAAGGAGAUCAGCGACGAGAAGAGUGACAUCAACGACGAACAACCAGUCCUUGAUGAGUCGGAUACGUUUGAGUCUCCACCAGAAGAUACGAUUGCGAAGGAAUUUACUGAGAACCGCAAUGAGAUUAACGACGAACAGCCGGCUCUUGAUGACAUCGAUACAAAUGAGUCUACAUCAGACCAUCAUGUUGCAGAGAAACCUUCUGUGAGCAACGACGAGAUCAACGAGAUCAACGACAAACAACCAGUCCUUGAUAGCUCGUAUAUAAACGAGUGCUCAUCAGAAGAUCUGGUUACGGAAGAACCCACCGAGAAGACCACUGAGAACAUUGUCUGUAGCCCUGUUGCAUUGGCACAGGACAUUACCAAGGACGUUUCUAUCGAAGAACAACCGGCUCUUGAUGACUCGGGUACGAGCGAAUCUACACCAGAAGAGGUCAUUGUGGAGGAACCAACUGAGAACGACGGCGAGAACAGUGUCAUCUACCUUGGAGCACUGGUUCAGGACGCUACCAAGGACAUUUCCCCCAACAAUCAACCAGCUCUUCACAACUCGGAUAUGAACGAGCAUACACCAGAAGAUCCUGUCGUGGAGGCAGCUAUCGAGGACAACUACGAGAACAAUGUCUUCAGUCCCGUCGCACUUGUACAGGACUCCACCAAGGAUUCUUACUACGAACAACCGACCAUUGACAUCUCGCAGACCAACAUGUUUGCAUCAGACGAUCUCAUUGCGGCGAAACCUGCCGACGCAGUCGCGGACAGCCCUCCUUGGUCCACCACAGCCAUCAUUACCGGCGUCGCUGCGUCAGCAAUCACCGCUUGCACCUUCUGCCCACCGCUCUGUGUGAUGAUGCUCUAUGUUGGCAUAUCAUAUGCUAGGGCAAAAUUGUGGCAAUAG